UCUUUUCCAGACAUGGGGCCAGCUGAUCGACACGGACUUCGACCCGCAAGUGUCGGCGACGUGCAAGGGCGGCCGCAUGAGCAUCAAGGUGGCCUUGAACGACUCGUUCGGCGGCACGGUGCACGCGCGUGACUUCCGGACCGCCGGCUGCAUGCGGGCCGGCGACGGCUCCAGGACGGUCAGCCUGGACAUCAACUUGCUGGCGCAGCCGGGAGCUCCCGAUUACUGCGGACUGCUGGUCAAUAAUAAAACAGAAGAGAGAUCUGUCCCAAUAGCAGUUAGAAUCCACAGAACCCUUGAACUGGCCGAUGAUAAGUUCUACGUCAUCACCUGUGGCAAUGCAGGAUUCAGGAAUGCCAGAAACGAAACUUCCUUGGUCUCCCUGAGGCUACUCGAAAACGGGAAAAGGAUCACUGAGGCCGUCUAUCAUAGACCCUACACGCUCAGGACUGAAAUCUCAAGGCCAGACGGUACUUAUGGAUUCAGGGUCAAGAACUGUUUUGCCUUCAAUAAACUAAACAAUACUGAACUGCUUGUGGACGAGAGAGGAUGCAGCGUGAAUGAAAAUAUUGUGGGAGCUUUCGUCUACGAUGAUCAGAAAGGAAUUGCUGAUGCGCCGGUCAGGUCUAUGUUCAGGUUCCCAGAUAGCUCAGAAGUACAUUUUCAGUGUGACAUCGGUCUCUGCAAGGGUCCCUGCGCUCCGCAAACCUGCACCAGCGACGUGGUCCAGUCCCGGGCCCUCAACACAGACGAGGGCAUCCUGAUGGCCGCCACCAGCGUCUUCGUGGUCGACCCCGGAGACGCCCCCCAGAUCCAGGAGCUCUGCGACGAGUCCGGAGUGCGACCCUCCUGGCUGCUGUGGCUCUGCAUCGCCCUCGGAGUGCUCUUCCUGCUGAUGCUGAUCAUCAACAUUUUCCUGUGCUCCGCGAUGACUUGCGCUUGCGCUCGAACGGAAAUCAUCGAGAAGGAGCCGAGCAUUAUCGAGGACUACGAUCCGUACAGGAGUUGGCAUGGGAGUCAGUACGGGUCCAGAUACUCUCUGAAUGGUGCUCCUCAGCACCCGAAAGGCUACACGUCUGGCGGCUCGACGAUGGCUUCCAACAGAUCGGUCUCGUCCCACAGCGACCAUUACGCUAUCGUGCAUUCCAGACCUGGCAGCAGGGGCUACAACAACAAACACAGAGGCCCGCCAUCUCACAUCGGAAGUCACUACAGCGGAAAAUAA